CAAAGAAAAUAGAAAAAAAAAGUGAGAGAAGAUAUACCGACCGAUCCCCGAUCCUUCGUUCGUAGUUUACGAAGUACGACGAAAGCGACGAGCGUGACGUAAAGAUUGUGCGUUCUUAUUAUUCGCCAGUAUUCACAAAAGAAAAUGGCUGGCGCAGGGAAUGCUAGUGCCGGUUCUGUUUUCCAAAAACUUGGUUUGAGACCAGUUACAAAAUGUAGUCUUGUUAAAUACUAUAUGCCGGCUUUCGGUGUUGCUUCGUAUACAGCUUUAUCCGUCAAUGUGAUGAAUCCAAGUCUCGUCAUCAGAAUAUUUCCAAAGAAAGAUAUCACGAACUACUUACUCUUUAGUGCGCUAGCAGGAACUGGCUCAUACUUUUAUACCAGAGAGCACAUGGAAAAAGCUCAAAUCAGUACGAGAUUGUUAUAUAGUGGUACUGGAGCAUUGUUGCUGAGUUUUGGUUCAGUUUUGAUGUGGGCUGUUCUACGAUCCAUUGUACCACCAAAUCCAACUUUGUGCACUUUAGUUGGUAUUGGUUCAGGAUUACUUAUUAUUAAAGUUGGUUCUAGCUAUAUGGACUAUAUUGAUAAUCAGAUAGCUAAAAAGUAGAUGACUAUUAUUGUUUUAUUUAAUUUCAUUUAUUUCGCACUAAAUUUAUUAUUAAAUAACAGAAAGAUAUAAUAAUCCAUAUGCCAUUGGGUAACUAGAUAUCAUCAAGCUGCAUAAUACUUGUAGUUUUCUAAAUUUUAUAUGGUUGUCUCUAUUUGUAGUAAAUGGAUAUAUUAUUGAAAACUAUGUUGAGUAUUGUUAGACUUUAUGCUUAACAGCUAUUUAUUUACUGUAUUUUUUCUUUUUUUUUUUUUUCUCUUCUUUUUUGGUUAAAAUAAUUAUCAAUAUAGUAUUCAUUGAAAUGUAUAUCUUAUAUCCAACUACAGGAGAUUGCUGAAGUAUAUUGAAUUAGGUGAGAAGUAAUUGUAGAAUAGAAGAGAAUAAUGCUAAAUUUUUUGGAACAAAUGUUUCAGUAUUUUGACAGCUAAGUUUUGUGAAUUAUACUGAUUUUUUGUUUACAUGAGAUAUACAAUGCAAAUGAGAUCGUUUUUAGAAAUUAUUUCUCACUAAAAUUAUAUAUAUAUAUAUAUACAUACACACAUAUAUAUAUAUAUACAUACACACAUAUAUAUAUAUAUAUAUAUAUAUAUAUAUAAAUUUGAAAAAUAUACAAGCAAAUAAUAUUAUUUGAGUAUAAUUUUAUUUUCAUUAAUGUUUUUGCAUUUUACUAAAUGGAUUGCAUAGAUAGUAUUAAAAAAUGUGUAUAAGCAUUCUAAUAGCUGUAAUUUUUUCAAUAAAAAUGCAGUUAUUGUUUUUUUACAACAUUUUCUAAUACAGAUAAUUAAAAUAUAUAUAAAAUUAUUAAUACCAUUUAUGAAACAAUUCAUGUUAUUAAUAGCAAUCUGUAAUAAACAUUUCAUUAACUUAACAGUAAGUUAAAUUUGUAAUUACUUAAAUUAAGUUAAAGGAAUUUGAUAUGAAUGCUUGUAUUUAGAAUUUGUGAUACCAAAGAUUAUAUUUCAUGUAUUGAUUCAUAUUCAUUGUACAGUUCUGGUAUCAAUUCUAAAAGAGCUGUAAAUCGUUCACCAAUAUCUGUUGCUAAUUUGUCCUCCUGUCAAAAAUUUGUACAUAUAAGUUGAGAAAAAAAAUGAAUGCAAAUAUUACACGAACAAAUACGAAUCUA